UCGAUGAUGCAGAGAGAGACAUACCUCAGAUCACGGCUGGUCUUCUUCGGAGCGGAGGACAGCAGCUCACACACAUCGACCUUACAGCACCGUCAACACUCCCAUCGGAGAAGACGAGUGUAUCUACUGAAACGAUGAGUGGACUGGGUCUUCUGAUCGGAGAAGAAACCAAGAACCUGCAGUGGCUCAUUCUGACUAGGGUGAAGUGCACAGACGAGGAAGACUUGGUUCAACUUGUCGAGUGUUGCAAAAAUGUGAAGACGAUGAAUCAUCUAAUGCUUCUUGGCUGUGGUACAAACGCAGACGGUAGACUAAGCCGUCACAUCACUGGUCUUCACAAUCCAAAGAAGUCACUCGGGGUGAUUGCCUUGCAUGAUGAUGGUCAACUCCUUGUAGAGAAAUGCCAGCUAUCUACCGAAAUGACCGAGAAGUUAUGGUCCUGUCUUAGAUCAUUCACCUCACUGAACCAUCCCACCAUCUCAGACUCCUCUCUCAGUUUCCCUCCAUCUCCUCCUAAGCUUCUAUCGGUCACAAAGCUAUCAGCCGAGAGAGUGACGUCACAAAGCUAUGAAGGUCUGCUCUCAUCGCUCUCUGGCUUGAGAGAUAUCGAUAUCACUAUCGAUGAUGCAGAGAAAGACAUACCUCAGAUCACGGCUUGUCUUCGUCGGACCGUAGGACAGCAGCUCACACGCAUCGACCUUACAGCACCAUCAUCACUCCCAUCAGAGAAGAACAGAGUAUCGAGAGAGACGAUGAGAGGACUGAGUCUUCUGAUCAGAGAACAAACCAAGAACCUGUAUUGGCUCAUUCUGACCAGGGUGAAGUGCACAGACGAGGAAGACUUGGUUGAACUUGUCGAGUGUUGCAGAAAUGUGAAGACGAUGAAUCAUCUAAUGCUUCUUGGCUGUGGUACAAACGCAGACGGUAGACUAAGCCGUCACAUCACUGGUCUUCACAAUCCAAAGAAGUCACUCGGGGUGAUUGCCUUGCAUGAUGAUGGUCAACUCCGUGUAGAGAAAUACCAGCUAUCUACCGAGAUGACCAAAAAGUUGUGGUCCUGUCUUAGAUCAUUCACUUCACUGAACCGUCUCACCAUCUCAGACUCCUCUCUCAGUUUCCCUCCAUCUCCUCCUGAGCUUCCAUCCGUCACAAAGCUAUUAGCUGAGAGUAUGACGUCACAAAGCUAUGGAGGUCUGCUCUCAUCGCUUCCUGGCUUGAGAGAUAUCGAUAUCACUAUCGAUGAUGCAGAGAGAGACAUACCUCAGAUCACGGCUUGUCUUCGUCGGGCCGGAGGACAGAAGCUCACGCAAAUCAACCUUGUAGCACCGCCAUCACUCCCAUCAGAGAAGAAGAGUGUAUCGAGAGAGACGAUGAGAGGACUGGGCCUUCUGAUCAGAGAACAAACCAAGAACCUACAAUGGCUCUGUCUGUCUAGAGUGAAGGGAACAGACGAAGAAGACUUCGUUGAACUCGUCGAAUGUUGCAAACAUGUGAAGACGAUAAAUCAUCUAAUGCUUCUUGGCUGUGGUACAAACGCAGACGGUAGACUAAGCCGUCACAUCACUGGUCUUCACAAUCCAAAGAAGUCACUCAGGGUGAUUACCUUGCAUGAUGAUGGUCAACUCCUUGUAGAGAAAUGCCAGCUAUCUACCGAGAUGACCGAGAAGUUGUGUGAUAUCGAUAUUACUAUCGAUGAUGCAGAGAGAGACAUACCUCAGAUCACGGCUGGUCUUCGUCGGAUCAGAGGACAGCAGCUCACACGCAUCAGACUUAGAGCACCGUACACACUCCCAUCAGAGAAGAACCGUGUAUCGAGAGAGACGAUGAGAGGACUGGGUCUUCUGAUCAGAGAACAAACCAAGAAGCUAGAGCAGCUAGAACUGUACUGGGUGAAGUGCACAGACGAGGAAGACUUGGUUUACCUCAUCGAGUGCUGCAGACCGUGCGUGAAUAUGAUGUCACACGUGUGGUAG